AUGGAAAGAGUCAGAGAAAUAGUAAGACGAGGUGGAGGAAAAGGAGGAGGACGACAAGGAGGAGGAGAAGGACGAGGAGGAAGGGGAGGAAGAGGAAUCAACAGAGGAGGAAUCAACGGAAGAGGAAGAGAUGGAGGCCAUGCUGGAGGUAGAGGAAGACAAGAACGUGCUCAAAGAGGACCGAAUCUGACAAAUGAGAUCCGCGCAACACUGGUUGACCACGUUGUCAACCACGGCCUGACGAUGAGGGAGGCUGGACUGUGGAUAUACCCGCUCCUGAGGAAAGGUUUCACUAAAAAGUUGGAGCUGACCGACGUGUAUAAGGCUCCUUCUUUUGAUCUGGCUGACACCCUCUCCGAGAGACUUGAAAGGGAAUGGGACAAAGAGGUGGUGUUAGCCAAAGGCAGGCCAAAGCUGCUGAAAGCACUGGCCCGAUGCUUCUUCCUCCCGUUUGCCUUCUUUGGGGUCCUCCUCUACCUCGGGGAGGCGUCAAAGACUGUGCAGCCUCAGCUUUCAGGUCGCAUCAUUGCUUCCUUUGAUCCCUUCCACGCACCAGAACGAAGUCAGGGAUACUAUUUGGCCCUGGGUCUUGGCCUCCUCUUCACCGCUCGCUUCAUCCUGUUGCAGCCCGCCAUCUAUGGCCUUCAUCACCUCGGCAUGCAGAUUCGCAUCGCCCUUUUCAGCCUUAUAUACAAAAAGACUCUGAAGCUGUCUAGUAAAGUCUUGGAUAAGAUCAGCACAGGGCAGCUCGUCAGCCUGAUGUCAGCCAACCUCAACAAGCUGGAUGAGAGCCUGGGACUGGCACACUUUGUGUGGAUCACACCUCUGCAGUGUAUUCUGUGUACUGGUCUGAUCUGGGAGCUGAUUGAGGUGAACGGAUUCUGUGCCCUGGCAUCUCUGACUCUUCUUGGCAUUCUCCAAGCCUGGCUCUCCCUCAAGAUGGGGCCUCCCCGGGCGGCGCGUGCUGGCCUGAUUAACCGACGUCUGGCUCUUACAUCCGAGAUCGUGGAGAACAUUCACUCUGUGAAGGCGUAUGGCUGGGAGGAAGUGAUGGAAACAAUCAUCAAGAACAUUAGACAGGAUGAAAUGACUCUAACCAGAAAGAUUGGAUCACUGCGGUAUUUCUACAGUGCAUCCUACUUUUUUUCUGCCAUACUGGUCAUCGUGUCGGCCAUUGUGCCGCACGCGCUCAGUAACGGCAUUAUACUGCGGCGGAUUUUUACCACGGCGUCAUACUGCGUGGUGUUACGUAUGACACUCACCCGGCAGCUCCCGGGAUCCAUCCAGAUGUGGUACGACACGCUGACGUUGGUCAAGAAGAUUGAGGAUUUCUUGCUGAAGGAAGAAUACAAAAUUAUGGAUUACAGUUUGACCACAGUUGGACUGGAGCUGGUGAAUGUUUCAGCAUCCUGGGAUGAGGGGAUUGUUGAGCUUUUUGAAAAGAUCAAGCGGGAGAACAAAGCAAACGGACAUCUGACCGGUGAUGACGGGCUCUUCUUCACUAAUCUGUACGUCACUCCCGUCCUGAAAAAUAUCAGCCUACACUUAGAGGAAGGGAUGAUGCUCGCAGUGGCCGGAUCUACUGGAUCAGGAAAGAGUUCCCUGCUUAUGAUGAUCCUAGGAGAGCUGAUACCAUCCGAGGGUAAAAUCAGACACAGCGGUCGGAUUUCAUAUUCGCCACAAACGUCUUGGAUAAUGCCAGGAACCAUUCGUGACAACAUCCUUUUUGGCCUGACUUAUGACGAGUUUCGCUACACUUCUAUCAUCAGGGCCUGCCAGCUGGAAGAGGAUUUUGAGUCUCUGCCUGAGAAAGACAAGACGCCCAUAGCAGAAGGAGGAGUUACCCUCAGUGGCGGUCAGAGAGCCAGAAUCUGCCUCGCCAGGGCCGUGUAUAAAGAUGCAGACCUAUACCUGCUGGACGCACCUUUCACCCACCUGGACAUCCCAACGGAGAAAGAGGUCUUUGACAAAUGUGUCUGCAAACUAAUGGCCUCCAAGACUCGUGUUGUGGUCACCAGCAAAUUGGAGCAUCUGAAACGUGCCGACAGAAUCCUUCUGUUGCACAAUGGAGACUGCUACUUCUACGGCACCUUUUCCGAGCUGCAAGCACAGCGGCCAGACUUCAGCUCCCUCCUGCUCGGACUUGAAGCCUACGACAACAUCAACGCGGAGCGGCGCAGUUCUAUCCUCACAGAGACUCUUCGCCGCGUCUCAGUAGAUGAAACUGCUGGUUUCCGUGGCACGGACCCCAACCGCCAGUCCUUCCGCCAUGCGCCGCCUCAUAGCCAUACUGUGGGUGAUGGCUAUCCUGAAAAACGCAAGCCGUCGCUCAUCCUCAACCCUCUUGCAGCUGCCCGCAAAUUCUCCUUCAUCGGGAACUCCCAGCAGACAAAUAACUACCAGUCCGCGACUAUGGAAGAUGGAGUCCAUGACCUUUCAGAGAGAAGGUUUUCUGUAGUACCUGAGGAUGAUCAGGUAGAAGAGGCGCUUCCACGGGGUAACAUGUAUCACCAUGGCUUACAGCACCUCAAUGACAGACGCCAGUCUGUUCUGGCAUUUAUCACCAAUGCCCAAGGUCAUGAGCGCAGGGAGCAGAUGCAGUCAUCCUUUAGGAAGAAGCUGUCCAUCACCCCACAGUGUAACCUGGCAUCAGAACUCGACAUCUACGCCCGCCGCUUGUCCAAGGACAGUGUUUUCGAUAUCAGCGAGGAAGUGGAUGAAGAAGACAUGGAGGAGUGCUUUGCAGAUGAACGUGAGGACAUUUUUGAAACUACCUCAUGGAGUACCUACCUACGCUAUGUUUCCACCAACAGGAGUUUAAUCUAUGUCUUAAUUUUUAUUGUGAUUGUUUUCGCCAUUGAGGUUGCUGGUUGUGUCAUUGGGAUUUUUCUCAUAACAGACGAGAUCUGGAGGGACGGUGCAAACCCAAAUUCACCCAACUACAUCGAUGAGCAACACCCAAACGCCUCAUCAACCCCUGUCCACCUGGCAGUCAUAGUUACACCAACCAGCACGUACUACAUCAUCUACAUCUUCUUUGCUCACUCAGAUAGUAUACUGGCCCUCGGAGUCUUUAGGGGUCUUCCUUUAGUCCACACAUUACUGACUGUGUCCAAACGGCUGCAUGAACAGAUGCUUAGCUCUGUGCUACGGGCCCCUAUGUCUGUGCUCAACACCAUGAAAACAGGCCGGAUUAUGAACAGAUUCACCAAAGAUAUGGCUGUGAUUGACGACAUGCUACCUCUUGUGCUUUUUGACCUCAUACAGUUAACUUUACUUGUCAUCGGCUGCAUCUUCACGGUGUCCAUCAUGAGACCAUACAUCUUCAUAUCUGCCAUCCCGCUGGCUGUUAUCUUUGUGGUCUUGAGGAAGUACUUUUUAAGAACCGGACAGCAACUGAAGCAGCUGGAGGCCGAAGCUCGUAGUCCCCUCUUCUCUCACCUCAUCAUCUCACUAAAGGGUUUAUGGACGAUCAGAGCAUUCGGACGUCAAACUUACUUCGAGACACUUUUCCACAAAGCUCUCAACACCCAUACAGCCACCUGGUUCCACUACCUGUCCACCUUGAGAUGGUUCCUGUUCCGCUGCGAUGUGAUUUUCGUUCUGUUUUUCACCGCUGCUGCCUUCAUUGCUGUGGGAACCAACCAGGACAGACCAGGCGAGAUCGGCAUCAUCGUGGCCCUAGCUAUGCUCAUCCUGGGCACUUUCCAAUGGGCCAUCAUCACGAGCAUCAAUGUGGACGGUCUGAUGCGUUCAGUGGAUCGAGUUUUCAAAUUCAUCGACUUGGUGUCAGAAGAGUCGUUCCAGGGGAAACCUAGAGGUAAAGGAGGUUCUAGCCUUGUCAUCAACAACCCGAACGCCUACAACCACUGGCCCAACCGGGGCCAGCUGGACGUCCAGCACCUCACUGUUAAAUACACAGAAGCUGGGCGAGCCGUGCUCAACGACAUCUCCUUCUCCGUGGAGGGCGGCCAGAGUGUGGGUCUUCUGGGUCGAACAGGUUCUGGGAAAAGCACGCUGCUGUCGGCUCUGCUGGGCCUCACCUACACUGACGGUGAAAUGUUAAUCGAUGGGGUUUCUUCAAGCUCCAUGCCAGUGCAAACAUGGAGGAAAGCCUUCGGAGUGGUGCCGCAGAAAGUGUUUAUUCUAACUGGAACUUUCCGGAUGAAUCUGGAUCCAUACGGGCGUUACAGCGAUGAUGAGCUCUGGAGGGUGGCUGAAGAAGUCGGUUUAAAGUCCGUCAUCGAGCAGUUCCCAGAUAAGCUGGACUUUGAGCUGAAGGACGGAGGCAGUGUGCUGAGUAACGGCCACAAACAGCUGAUGUGCCUCGCCCGCUCCAUCCUCAGCAAGGCCCGCAUUCUGCUGCUGGACGAGCCUUCCUCCUACCUGGACCCCAUAACACUGCAGGUCCUGAGGAAGACGCUGAAGCAGUCGUUUUCCGGUUGCACCGUCAUCCUAUCAGAACACAAAGUGGAGCCGCUGUUGGAGUGUCAGUCCUUCCUGAUGAUUGAGAAGAACGGCGUCAAAAGCUACGAGUCCAUUCAGAAACUCAUGAACGAAAUGAGCCAUCUGAAACAGGCCAUCAGCCCGGCCGACAGGCUCCGCCUCUUCCCCACGCCCCACCGCCUGAAUUCCAUCAAGAGACCGCAGCCGCAGACCACCAAGAUCUCCUCCCUGCCUGAAGAAGCUGAGGAUGAAAUCCACGACACUCGACUUUAAGAAGGAAGCAAGACUUUGAUGAAGCUCUUAAUCAAUCAUAAGCUGGUCUACGGCUGUUCCAGUGGAUUUCUAAUGAAUCGGUUUUAAUAAAAUCCAAUUUAAGAAGAGCAAAGGAAACAAAACCAAAACAUUUCUUUUUACAUUUUUUUAAUUAAACAUUUAAAUAGUAUAUUUUUACUAGUUAUAUACAUUUUUCUUUGUGUCUCUUUGCAGAUGAUUCUUGCACCCUUUGAAAAUGAACACAAAACAUUAGGCAGAACAGUUUUCCUCAAAGAACUGUGAGAGAAAAAAACUAAAGACUCAGAUUUUUCUCAGAAUUUCUUAUAAUUCUAAAUAAAUGUGUUAAACUUAUGUUAUAUUUCUUAACGCUUUCAAUCAAUAAUCCAUCUCUCCUCAUCCAAAAAUUGACCACGGCUGGAAAUAGUUCUUUGUUUUGAUUUUUUAAAAUAAUUUGCAGAAACGUCUGCUUAGUUCCUGCAUUAAAUCCAGCCUAAAUGUCUUUGAGAGAUAAAGAGAAUCAGAACCGUUCUGAAAUAGAAAUUUCCCCUCUUAGCAUCGUACCAAACAAGGUUAGAAAACCUGCAUUCAUGCAUGAAGCAAACAUACAGCAG